ACCACAUCGCCGUUAUGCCCAGCUCGCGAGAUAGCAGGGGCAGGAGCCUCACAACAGAUGCAGAAAAGAUGGAUAUAGCAGUCGACACAAUCGAGGGGGCGGCAGCGACGCAUGAGUCUUCAGGCAUCGAAGACACGCAGGCGCGACCGACAUUAGACAGAGACACACCUCGCAGAGUCAAGAAGGAGACUCCUUCAUCAAAGCAGCCUAGCGCUGCACAGUCACCAGCUUUGAAGGGCGAGCGCGAAGAAACUAUAGGUGGCGAUCUCAGCAUCAAGCUUGAGCCCGGCAAAGCUCCAAAGCUGUCCCGCACCAUGUCGCAAANNAAAAUCAUCACUGGGCCUCGACAAUUGUUCAACGACCUCCCUGACGCUACUGAUGAAGCCACUUCAACCUUUGAUGUUCUGCUCGAUUGCACGUACGGCGCGAGGCAUCUUGGCACUACUGAACAGGCGCUCGAAUGCGACUGUGUCGAAGAAUGGGAUGCGCAAACACAAUCCAACCAUGCCUGCGGUGAAGACUCGGACUGCAUCAACCGGGCCACCAAGAUGGAGUGCCCGGGGGAUUGCGGCUGUGGAGACGGCUGCCAGAACCAGCGCUUCCAGCGCAAGGCGUACGCUGACGUUUCGGUCAUCAAGACAGACAAGAAAGGCUUCGGUCUACGGACUAACAAAGACCUCAAGCCAAAUGAUUUCAUCUUUGAAUACAUUGGCGAAGUCAUUUCAGAGCCUGCCUUCAGGCGCCGGAUGCACCAAUAUGACCAGGAAGGCAUCAAGCACUUUUACUUCAUGUCGCUAGCCAAGAGCGAGUUCGUCGAUGCAACCAAANAGGGAAACCUCGGUCGAUUCUGCAAUCAUUCAUGCAACCCGAAUUGUUAUGUCGACAAAUGGGUUGUGGGAGAUCGACUCCGCAUGGGAAUCUUCGCCGAGCGUCAAAUCGAAGCUGGAGAAGAACUCACCUUCAACUACAAUGUCGACCGCUACGGAGCUGACCCUCAACCUUGUUAUUGCGGAGAGCCAAACUGUUCUGGAUUUAUCGGUGGCAAGACGCAGACCGACGACCGUGGAAUUCAGCUUUCAUCAACCAUCCAAAAGGCACUUGGUAUCUUUGGAAACGAAGACUGGGAGAAUGCCGCUCAUACCAAGAAGCCGCGCAAGAAGAAGGCUUCUGAGGACGAUGAAGAAUACAUUGAUAGCAUUGAGCUUAAGCAGCUUGGUCCAGCAGAUGUCAAGGUCGUCAUGGGAGAAAUCUACAAGAGCCAGGAAAAAUGGAUCAUCGUCAAACUGCUCAACCGUAUACAGAACUGCGAGAACGAGAACGUGCAGUUCAAGGUGGCUAAGAUGCACGGCUAUGUCAUCCUCAACAAACUUCUCAAGACCUAUGCCGACGACACAAACAUCCUGUUGCAGAUUCUGGACAUUCUUAACAAGAUUCCUCGACUAACUCGCAACAAGAUUGUUGACUCCAAGAUCGAUGUCACUGUCGAGGGUCUGCUCGAACAUGAAGAUGAGCGAGUCAAGUCGCAAGCAGCAAAGAUUUUCGACGAGUGGAGCAAAUUGGUCAUCGCUUAUCGCAUUCCACGAGUGAAGAGAGAUCCCAACGCGUUACAACAAGAAAAGAAAUUGGACCGCCCUGAANAGAAAGAACCAGAAGUCGAUCUCGAUCACGCUCAAGGUCGGUUGAAGCACCGAAAGGCCCCAAAGGACCAUCCAGGGCAACGCCCUCAGGCCCGCGCGGAGAGGAGGUGGCUUCUAUCAUGGCGGUCCUCGGCCCCGUUCAGGCCCCGAGCCCCACCUCCCGUCGAACUACCGCCUGGUUGGUAUGUCGCUUUUGACAAAAACGGCACACGCUACUACUACGAUGGUGAUGGCAAUGUUCAAUGGAUACCACCAACGCAACCGGCACUGAACGCACCUCCUCCACCGCCGCCUAGAGUUUUGACUGAAGCACAGAAGCUUGAAGAUCUGAUUCAAGGUAUUGUCAACAAGAAGGAAACACCCAGUACGGAUAAACCUUCUGCCACUGCGACGCCGACCGAGACACCAAACAAGGUCAAGUCUGAUGAGAAGUGGCGUUCGUUGCCCGAAGAGAAGCAGAAGAGGAUAUACGAAAACACGGGCAAACUCGACAGAGAUGAUAUCAAGCGAUUUGCUAAAGAAUGCUCGAAGAAGCUUGUCAACUCGGAUUUCAAGAACAAGCGUGUCGCCGACCCAAACAAAAUCGACUCUCGACAAGAAAAGGCUGUCAAGAAAUUCGUGGCGGACUUUUUCGAGAGGGCCGUUGUANAAAAGAAAGAGCAUGAUCCACGCAAAGGACAAAGCUCGAAUCAAGCAAGUAUGGACGCCAUGCAGGUCGAUUCGCCCAAAAACGCCGAUGUUGAUGAUAUCCCGGAUAACUUCGACAACAACGACACUGCUGCAUCACUGAGCUCGGCGAACCUGAAGCGAGCACGGAAUGAGGAAAGCUCGAUGACAGGAGCCGCAAAUGAAGACGACCCACAAGGCAAGAAGGCUAGGGUGUCUGCGCCUGCCCCUCCACCUCCACCGCCCCCACCAGCUGGGGACAUGCAUGAAGAAGAUAUGCAAGUAGGCAGUGAAGAUUACUCCAAUGCGGAAGGUUUCUCAAUCAAGGGCGCUGCUGGUGGACUCCAACAACGUUUGCCAAAGUACGCCGAAUCGCCAAUGCAGGUCGCAACGCCACCUACAACCAACAGUCCGGACGCAGAAGAAAGGGAGAGACGUCGAAGAGAGUUCAGCGGACUAAAUGCAGAGAGAAUGAGGAACCUGGGAUUGGAUGGAGCAAACGAUCAA